UGCAUUUCGCUCGCCCUAUUUUCGAGACUGCAGCUUGUGUCACCCCCCUCCCAAAACGCCAAUGAUGCGAAGCGAGGUUGCUUUCACACUCGUCACAUCCAUGAUGGCCCCUAAACCCAGCCACGAUUCAUCCCGUCUAUCCGGUCACGAUCUCUGUAUAAGAGCAAUCCGGUCCAUCUCGGCCUUGACAACAAGCACUACAACUUGAAGCUCCAGCACGCCACUAUCAUGGCCGAGCAGAGUAUGCACCCAAGGCAGAGCGUGAAGCUCGGGCAUUGGACAGACCACUCUACAGGCAGGGAUCAGUACUUGUUAAGCGAUUGGGAUGCAUCCGUGGUGAAAGCCCUCGCCGCGGUCUGGCUUGGCUUGGUAGGGCCUUACACGCUCCGGCUCUUGAAAUUCCCGCUCGUCCACGGAUUGCGGUUUUUGGAGAGAUGGGACGGACGUGCCAGGACUGGGAUGAAUCAAGCCUUACUCGCAACCCCCCAACCUGGUUACAACGGGAGCGCCUCUGGAGCCCAAGGUCCCCCUCGGGCCAAUAAAAGGACUGACACGCGGGACGAGACGCCACACAGCGCGUCCACUGUUCUUAACCAGUUCAACGGAGGACGCGAGUUAUUCAACAAAACAGUAGCAUAUGCAUACGAUGGGAGAAAUCGUCACAAGCUCACCUUAGCCCUGGUUGGGUUAGUUAUUUUGGGGUCCUUUGUUGCCCGAGCGUUCGCCGGAGUUCUCUCUGCCUUGAUUGCUACGAAUAGUAACGCUAUUUGGGCGUCCGACAAGUGCGGUCUAUACCGUUUUGACAGCGACGGAGCAGGCGAGGAGGCGGCCACUCGUGCGGAUGUGUUCGACCGUGCCAAAGAGGCCAGGUCUGGGGAGUACGCAAAACACUGCUACAAUUCAACCACCCCUACGACUCUCCUCCCCAUGCGUUGUGGCUUCUUCUACAACACCGAGAUCAAGUUUAAUACUACAUACCAUCACCAGUGCCCCUUUCCAAAAGACGACAUAUGCGCUCACGGGUCCCCGGUGGUAACAUUCGAUACCGGUCUCGUUGAUGCCAACUCGAUCGGGAUCAACGACCCCUACGAUUACAAGUUUCGUCGCUCUGCAACGUGCACCCCCUUGAGCACCGAGGGCCAGUACGUGCGUAACGACACCGCCAACGGAAUCGCAGCCUUCACCUACUACUACGGAGAGACAGGGGACAGAGGCUACACCUUCCGUAGCAUUGGUGAUCCCUUCAACUGGCUAGUACCCAGCUACGACGUCAGCAUCCAAUCCACAUCCUGGUACGCCAACAUCAGCAAUUGGACCCCCAUCCCCGCUCUGACCCCCCCGCCCAACACCAUCCUCACCAUCAUGUUCAUCUCCCCCCUGCACAUACUCUACCUCAAACCCAGCGCCGACCCCAUCUUCCUCGCCGACAAAACUUUCUACUACGACGGUGACCCCACCCCCAUCUACUACAAAAACGACGCCAAGUACCGCGUCCUCGCCUGCCUCGACCGCCACGAGCUAUGCCCCCCUUCGGGACCCUGCCAUUCCAUGACUGAUUCCGACACCCUCUUUCCACACAAGAUGUCCUCCCACCCCCGCAAUACUUCCUCAUGAAAUGGGCCCUCGAGUCCUCCGACAUCUACCACUCCCUCGCCAAGCGCCUCGGCACGGCGCUUGUCGCGCAGGACAUGAUCGCACAGUAAACCUCUGUGCCGCUAGGUGACAGGCACUGGGUUGUUGAGGCGGAGCGAUUAUUUGCGA